AUGCAGGAGAGUGGCGCGUGCAGGAAAAAACCAGCGAUGCCAUCGCGAAAUGCAGGAUCUCAUCUUGUCGUUAUGAAGCGGAUCCAGCGUAAUGGUGACGGCGCCAUGAAACGGCAGAAGCACGGCCGAAGAGAGUUGCGUGAAGUGAAGCGUACGCUGAGGCGUCUGGCAAAAUCAGAGGAUUUUAGCGGUGCUGAGGAUGAAAAUAAUGGUGAAAACGAAACAGAGGUGGCCGUAAAUAAUUCUGAAAGUGGAGAACAAGAGGGCGUUGACGAUACUGGAAUGGCCUAUAAUGCAUUAUUGACGCUUUUGGGAUCGGAGAAGCCCGAAAAACCAACUAAAAGACGUAAAAAUGACGAAGCUGGUGUUGAGGAAAUCAACGAGGAUGACUUGGAAAUUCACUUAACAAAGUCAGAUGACGAGUCAGAUGAAGAAAAUGAACCCGAAGUAGCCAGCGAUGACGAAGAGUCGGACGAAAAGUUCAAUGCUUUCGAUUUUCAUUUCAAUCAACCAUCUGAAGACUACAUGGAAAAGGCAUCGCAGAGUGUAACCAGCAAAUGGAAUAACACUACAAAAGAAACAAUUGACGAGUAUGUUGUAUCUACAAGCACCCCACUGUGUAUGAACAAGGAAUCCGUGAAACUUGGCAUUUCCCUGAUAAAAAAACGAGUUCGAGAUGUCUAUUCGGAGAAACACCCAUCAAAGAUUUCGGGCAUUGAUGCUUCACUUUUAGACUCAAUGUUAAACUAUAAGAGUGUUCUCUACCCCUACAAGCAUUACAACAAUACUUUCUACCGUGAGCUCUACUCUAUGCAUGCUAUUAACCAUGUUUUCAAGACAAGAGACAACAUUUUGAAGAACACUGAAAAGAUUAAACAUGCCCAAGAAAUGGCUCUUGAAGGUAAAUCCCACGAAGACAAAGAAUAUAGAGACCAGGGGUUUACACGUCCAAAGGUUUUGAUACUUUUACCAACGAGAAAUGCUGCCUAUGAAGUGGUUGAGAACAUUUUAAAGUACUCUGGAAGCGAGCAACAAGAGAACAAAAAGAAGUUCAAAGCACAAUUUAACAGUAAUGAUGUACCUCCAGAAACGAAACCUCAGGACUUUAGAGAUGCUUUCAAAGGGAACAAUAAUGAUUUCUUCUGUCUUGGAAUGAAAUUCACCAGAAAAUCUGCAAAGUUGUACUCUUCGUUUUAUUCAUCUGACAUUAUAAUUGCAUCACCUCUUGGUCUUUCUAUGAUCUUGGAGAAUCCUGACAAGAAAAAACGACAAUACGACUUUCUUUCUUCGAUUGAGGUAUUUAUCGUCGACAGAGCAACUCAAAUCGAAGCACAAAAUUGGGCUCAUGUCAAUCUUGUUCUCAAAUAUUUGAACAAAGUGCCCAAGGAAUUCCAUGAUGCCGACUUCUCCAGAAUCCGUAUGUGGUACAUUAAUGACCAGGCACCAUUGGUUCGGCAAACUUUGGUGUUCUGCGAGUAUACCACUCCACCAAUUACCAGUUUGGUGAGCUCCAAGAGUGUCAAUAUUGGAGGAAGAGUGCGGUACAAACCGAUCUACACCUCGAAAAACUGUAUUAUGAACUCAAUUGGUCUCCGUCUUAAACAAAUAUUUCAACGAUUCAGCAGCUCAUCACCAAUGGAAGACUCCGAAAAUCGGUUUAAAUUCUUCAUCAAUUCGAUGCUUCCAUCACUCCUCAGUUCUACAUCUUACAGUGAUGGAAUCCUAGUAUACAUCCCGUCAUACUUUGAUUAUGUCCGCAUAAAAAAUUACAUGAGAAAUUCGACCAAAUUCACGUUUGAAGGUAUCGACGAAUAUUCUACCCAAUCCAAACUCACCCGAUACCGCCAGCAAUUUAUUAGCGGCAAGGUCAAGAUUCUCUUGUAUACCGAGAGACUCCACUAUUUCCGAAGAUUUGAAAUUAAUGGUGUAAAGACACUAUUGAUGUAUGGAGUUCCUUCUAACCCACUAUUUUACAAGGAGCUUGUAAGAUGCAUUGGAAAAUCCGUUUUCAAGGAGGUGGCCGACAUUGACCUUUCUUUCGUCAAGGUAAUGUACUCUCAGUGGGAUGCCAUUGCUUUGGAAAGAAUCGUAGGAGGAGACCGGGCACCGGUGUUGUGUAGCGGCACCAAUGAGAUGUAUGAGUUUAGAUAG